AUGGCCGCUUCCAGCAUUCGAUUUGGACCAGGCUGUACCAAGGAAGUGGGCAUGGAUUUUAAGAAUAUGGGAGCGAAGAAGGUCAUGGUCGUUACUGAUUCGACUGUGUUGAACUUGGACGCUAUGAAGCAGGUGUCGGAGGRUUUGGAGCGCGAGGGUGUGAAGUUUGAGGUUUUCAGUAAUGUGAGGGUCGAGCCAAAGGACUACUCAAUUCGGGAGGCUAUUGACUACGCCAAGCCGUACCAGCCAGACGCCUUCCUUGCUGUCGGCGGUGGAAGUGUCAUGGACACGGCCAAGCUGAUGAACCUUUACACCACCUGCCCGGAUGCGGAUUUUCUGGACUUUGUAAAUGCACCUCUGGGCAAGGGUCUGCCCAUUACUGCGAAGCUGAAGCCAUUGAUCGCCGUGCCAACAACUGCAGGCACGGGUUCGGAAACCACUGGAACGGCCAUCUUUGAUCUGGUAGAGAAGCGAGCAAAGACGGGCAUUGCACACCGUAACCUCAAGCCAACCCUCGGCAUAUGUGAUCCGAUCAACACCCGAACUAUGCCAUCGGCAGUUCAUGCUAGUUCGGGAUUGGAUGUCCUGUGCCACAGUUUGGAGAGUUGGACCGCUAUUCCAUACUAUGAGCGAACUCCACGGCCACAAAAUCCCAUCAACAGGCCAGCAUACCAGGGCGCGAAUCCAAUCAGCGAUAUAUUCUCUUUGCAGGCUUUGCGUAGCACCGUGAAGUAUCUCCCACGCGCUACGAAGGACCCCGAUGACUGGGAGGCACAGUCUGAGAUGCUUCUUGCUGCCACCUUGGCUGGUGUUGGAUUUGGAAACGCUGGCGUGCAUCUCUGCCACGGCAUGUCUUACCCCAUUUCUGGGCAGAAUCCUGGGUACAGGCAUGCUGGCUAUGAAGUAGGAGGUGCGGCGAUCAUUCCUCACGGUGUUUCUGUCGCGGUCACAGCUCCGGCGGUAUUCAAAUUCACAGCUGCAAGCAAUCCUGAACGCCAUUUGGCCGCCGCGGAAUGCUUCGGAGUUGACAUCUCGCAAGUCAAGAAGGAGAGUGCUGGGGAGGUGUUGAGCGAAGCCUUGGCAAGGUUCCUUUCCGAUCUUGGCGAUCAGCCGAGAGGUCUCAAGGCCAUGGGCUUCAAGAACUCGGACAUUGAUGGUUUGGUCGAGGGGACAAUUCCACAGGCUAGAGUGUUGAUGCUGGCGCCUGGCCUCGAAGCAAGUGGUAGCGACAAGGAGCGCGAUCAAUUGAGAGGGCUCUUUGAGGAGGCAAUGGAAUACUAG